AUAUAAACCAACUCUCUUUGUUACCGUUGGUUAAUUAAUUCACUUUUAUAAAAUUAGUUUCUCUUUCUCUCUCUGUAAAAAACUCUCUCUCCUUCUGCAACAAUGGAGCUUUCUAUCUCCUUGUGAAAUUCUUCAACUUAACAUGGUAUCAGUUUGAGAUUUUUUUACGGUACUUCUUUGCUUCCGUUCUAUUUUGUUCGUUCUCGUUCUCGAUUCCUGUUGAUUUUCCGCAAUUUCGUUCUAAUGGCGAAUCGUACAACUCGCGCCCAAAUCUAAGAUGUUUCGAGUUCGUAUUUUUUACAUCCUUCUGAUGGACCUGGUCUCGUUCUUGUUUCGCAAGCUCUCUCUGAAGAUAACUUUGCCUCUUAGAGUCGUGCGAUGGUUUUAUCUUUUACUGUGAAGAACAAGCUAGGUUUUGUGGAUGGAUCCAUUGUUGAACCCCCUGAGGAUGAUCCUGUUCUUCAUAACGCCUGGGUUCGCAAUAAUGGUAUGGUUAUGUCAUGGAUUUUAAAUGCUAUUUCUAAGGACAUUCAAGCUAGUGUGAUGUAUUGUAAAAAUGCUCGUGAAAUUUGGAAUGAUUUGAAUGUGCGGUUUUCUCAAACCAAUGGCCCCAGAAUUUUUCAAUUACGACGUGAAUUGGCCAAUCUCCGGCAAGAACACUUCUCUGUCAAUGUUUAUUUUACGAAGAUGAAGGCAAUUUGGGAUGAAUUGGUAAAUUUUCGCCCGAAUUGUACUUGUGGUUUGUUGGUUGAUUACUAUAAUCAAGAGCAUGUUAUGGCUUUUCUUAUGGGGCUAAAUGAGUCAUUCUCUCAGACUCGAGGUUAGAUUCUUCUUAUGGAUCCUCUGCCACACAUUAACAAAGUUUUUGCCUUAGUUUCUCAAGAAGAGCGACAGAGAUCUGUUGGGCAGAGUAUUGAAGGGCAUAAUUCUCUCACCUUUGCUGUAAGAGGUGCUCCGGUUUCACAAUUUUCCAGACCUUCUGCUCCAGUUCCUCAUCAGAACAAUCAGUAUUAUCAUGCUGGUGAUAAAAAGCAUGGCAGAGGUUUUUGCACUCACUUUAAUAAGUAUGGUCACACAAUGGACAAGUGCUACAAGAUUCAUGGUUUUCCACCUGGAUAUCAAUCCUCUGGUUUCAAGCCUCGGCCAAGAUUGGCUGCUCUCUCAGGUAGAUUUGGCAUUAAUCAAAUUUCCACUUCUAAUUCUCCUCUUGAUAUUCAGGGUGAAGCAUCAUCUUCUCAGGAGCAUUCAACCAUGACAGCAGCUCAAUGUCAGCAGAUUUUAGCUUAUGUUUCCCAGCAGAUGGCUCAACAAUCUAGCUCAGUUCCUUCUUCUGCUGUUCCAUCACAGGAUGACUCUCACAUCUCUUGUGUCACAGGUACCAUUUAUGCUAAUGCCAUCAUGAAUCCCAUGGUUAUGCCUUUUCAUUGGGUUGUUGAUUCAGGUGCUUCUAAGCACAUAUGCAAUAAUAGGUCUCUGUUUUUGCAUCUUGUUCCUGCUCAUAAUACUAAGGUUAUUAUGCCGGAUAAGUCAGGUUUGCAUAUGGCUUUUGUAGGUGAUGUUCAGUUAUCUCCUUCACUUUUCUUGCAUAAUGUUUUUUAUGUCCGUGAGUUUCGAUUCAAUUUGCUUUCUGUUAGUGCUCUUUUAUCUAAACCUCAUGAGUUUGUCACUUUUGGGUUUCAAUCAUUUGUGAUUCAGGACAAGCUGAUGCAAGUGAUUGGUAUGGAUAAAAGAUUGCAAGGCUUAUAUAUCUUGGAGCCUGUUUUGUCUGCUUCUUGUUCAUCUACUCAAAUUUCUUGUAAUAAAGUUUCAGUUUCUUCUCAGACCUGGCAUAAUAGGCUUGGUCAUCUUCCUUUUUCCAAACUAGCUAUUUUGAAAGACUGUAUUUCUUUGCCUACUGUAUUGAAUUCUACAUGUUGCCAUGUUUGUACUUUGGCCAAGUUUAAAAGGUUGCCAUUCCAUGUAAGUUCUUCUCAGUCCAUGCUCCUUUUGAUUUGAUACAUUGUGAUAUAUGGGGACCUUAUAAAGUGGCUUCUUAUGAUGGUUUUAAAUACUUUGUGACUAUUGUGGAUGAUUUUUCCAAGUUCACCUGGAUUCAUUUAUUGAGAAACAAGUCUGAUGUUCUUGCUAUUAUUCCUCAGUUUUUUGCUUGGGUUCAAACUCAGUUUGGCAAAACUAUUAAGGUUUUCAGGUCUGAUAAUGCUAAUGAAUUGUCUUUUAAAUCUUUUUUUGCUCAACAUGGGGUUUUACACCAAUUUUCUUGUGUUCAAACAUCUCAACAAAAUUCAGUGGUGGAAAGGAAACACCAACACAUUUUAAAUGUUGCCCG